AGAAAGCUCUCCCUCUUGUGUGAGGCAGUUGCUGUGGAAACCCCAUAGGCAGGAGGCCCCCGGGCAGCACAUCCUGUCUGCUUGUGUCUGCUGCAGAGUUCUGUCCUUGCAUUGGUGCGCCUCAGGCCAGGCUGCACUGCUGGGACCGGGGCCAUGUCUCCACACCUCACUGCUCUCCUGGGCCUAGUGCUCUGCCUGGCCCAGACCAUCCACACGCAGGAGGGGGCCCUGCCCAGACCCUCCAUCUCGGCUGAGCCAGGCACUGUGAUCCCCCCGGGGAGCCAUGUGACUUUCAUGUGCCGGGGCCCGGUUGGGGUUCAAACAUUCCGCCUGGAGAGGGAGGAUAGAGCCAAGUACAAAGAUAGUUACAAUGUGUUUCGACUUGGUCCAUCUGAGUCAGAGGCCAGAUUCCACAUUGACUCAGUAAGUGAAGGAAAUGCCGGGCUUUAUCGCUGCCUCUAUUAUAAGCCCCCUGGAUGGUCUGAGCACAGUGACUUCCUGGAGCUGCUGGUGAAAGAAACCUCUGGAGGCCCGGACUCCCCCGACACAGAGCCCGGCUCCUCAGCUGGGACUGUGCCAGGCACUGAAGCCUCCGGAUUUGAUGCACCAUGAAUGAGGAGAAAUGGCCUCCCGUCUUGUGAACUUCAAUGGGGAGAAAUAAUUAGAAUGAGCAAUAGAAAUGCACAGAUGCCUAUACAUACAUAUACAAAUAAAAAGAUACGAUUCGCAAUGGAGAA